AUGACAUAUCAUUUGUCUGAAUCGGUCGUUAGACUGCCCACCUUUAGACGCAAGACACUUGUUCUGUUGGGAGCGCAUGGUGUAGGCAGACGACACAUCAAAAAUACCCUUAUCAGGCUACACCCACAUCGUUUUGCUUAUCCUAUACCUCACACAACCCGUCCCCCUCGACGUGAUGAGAUUGACGGCAAACACUACUUUUUUGUGUCUAACGACCAAAUGUUAGCGGAUAUUCAAGCUAAUGAUUACCUUGAAUAUGGAACACAUGAAGAAUGUUUGUAUGGAACUAAAUUGGAAACAAUACGUUCAAUACAUAGAACGGGGAAAAUGGCGAUAUUGGAUGUUGAGCCUCAGGUGGGAACUAAAAAUGAGUAA